AGCCAGUGGGUGGGCUGGGCUGUGGUCCUGCUCGCGGCUUCUCACAUCGCAAAUCACGCUAAUACAGUUAUAUUAAGCUAACCCAGGGAUACACAAACUUCACAGAAUGAGUUAGAAGCUGUACGCCGUGUGUGCCAGGAGUGUACUCAUUUGAACUCUGGCUCCUCUUCCCUCCCUCUGUCAGUGCACUGAGACAUGGAUCGUUGCAGCGUCCACGUCCUUCUGCUGCUCUUGCUGCAGACCUUGCAGACAUCAGCUGAGGACUCAGAUGGACAGUUGGCGUGUCUGUGUGAUAGCCCUAAAUGCCUCCAGGCCACCCAGUGCCACGGCAAGCGAUGCUUCUCCUCUGUCAAAGUCAGCAGCAGCGGGGUGGUGUUUGAACGCGGCUGCCUGAUUGGGCUGGAGAAAAUCCGCUUGCAUUGCUCCACAGCGCCGUCCUUCCACCAGGCCAUUUUCUGCUGCUCUGAGGACAUGUGCAACGGCAACACCACCACAAGUUCGCUGAUGUCUCUGCUUCCGACAGCCCCGGAAGAAGAGCCAGUUCGGUAUCGUGUGGAGACCCUAGCUCUCUUUGUGCUUGGUCCGGUGGUGGUUCUGGCUCUGCUGUCUGUAGUGUCAGUUCUGGCCUGUAGGAGGCUCCACCACGGUCGUCUGCAGAGGCUGCAGGAGUUUGACACCGAGCAGGGAGCCAUCGACGGCCUCAUCACCUCCAAUGUGGGAGACAGCACUUUAGCGGACCUGCUGGACCACUCGUGCACAUCAGGCAGUGGUUCAGGUCUUCCCUUCCUCGUCCAGAGAACUGUGGCCAGGCAGAUCAGUCUGAUGGAGUGUGUAGGCAAGGGGAGGUAUGGGGAGGUGUGGCGAGGCCAGUGGCAGGGGGAGAAUGUGGCUGUAAAAAUCUUCUCCUCAAGAGACGAGAAGUCCUGGUUCAGAGAGACCGAGAUCUACAAUACUGUGCUGCUAAGACAUGAAAACAUACUGGGCUUCAUGGCGUCUGACAUGACUUCUCGCAACUCCAGCACGCAGCUGUGGCUCAUCACCCAUUACCAUGAGAACGGCUCCCUUUAUGACUACUUGCAGCGGGUUGCCGUGGAGACGUCAGAGGGCUUGGCAAUGGCGGCGUCGAUAGCGUGCGGCCUGGUGCACCUGCACACGGAGAUCUUCGGCACGGAGGGGAAACCGGCCAUCGCACACCGGGACCUGAAGAGCAAAAACAUCCUGGUCACUAAGGAGCUGCGCUGCUGCAUCGCAGACCUGGGGCUGGCGGUGACCCACUCCCAGGCAGACAACCUGCUGGAUGUGGGCAACAACCCGAAGGUUGGCACCAAGCGUUACAUGGCACCCGAAGUGCUGGACGAGACCAUUCAGACAGACUGCUUUGAUGCCUAUAAGAGAGUGGACAUCUGGGCCUUUGGGCUGGUGCUGUGGGAGAUAGCAAGACGCACAUACAGCAACGGUAUUGUUGAGGAGUACAAGCCUCCGUUCUACGAUCAGGUGCCAAAUGACCCGAGCUUUGAGGACAUGAGGAAGGUGGUGUGUGUGGAGCAGCAGAGGCCUUUCAUUCCUAACCGUUGGUUCUCCGAUCCUACUCUCUCUGCUCUGGUGAAACUGAUGAAGGAGUGUUGGUACCAGAACCCCUCUGCCAGGCUGACCGCACUGCGCAUCAAGAAGACUCUGGACAAGAUCCACAGCUCUCUGGAGAAGGGCAAGGAGUCGUGAGAGGGGGAGGAGCCUUAGAGGCAGCUGCCCGAUGUCAGGGAUCGGCUUAGAGAAGAGCCCAGUGUCCGUUAACGGAGAACGGACGACAAGGGGGACGGACAGAGGACCAGAGGAACGAGUUCAAGCGUCAUCCAGCCUCAUCCUUCUCUUGCUCUCUCACUUUCACUGUGGUUGCCUUCCACCGACAUCCCUCUCUCUGACUUGAAGCCCACGCAGACGUUUGGAACUGUCCUGUCUGAAUAAGCCAGCCUUUGCUACAGGACACGAGCCUGUCGCCAAUGUGUUCGCACUGACCUGAACUGUAGACUGUUACUGAGUGUGAAGAACAACGGAUGGCAUAUUGUAGUACUCCCAUCCCAAUGCUUUAACGCCCAUUUAAGACUGCUCUGUCAUGCACACACACACUACAUACUGAGUGUCUCUUACGAGUUAGUUUCUGAUCCCCAGCCAGUGUUUGUGACAUGCGGUCGUGGCAUUCUGCUCAGAGACAAUCACACGUGUUUCACUCAUUUAGCUUCAUUAGAACAUGCCAACGUUCGCCAUAAACAAACACACACACAAGGAAAAGAGCCAAUAGAAUCAAAAUCGUUUCUAAACUUUUUAAAAGUAUUUAUGUAUUAAAUCUCCACUGCUACCACACUACUGAGGAUAUUUAAGACGGCGCGUGAAACUGACUGUAUACAUAUAUAGGCAUUUACUGGACUUUCUGUACCCAUAUUGUCAUUAUUGGAGUUAGUAAGAAAGGAAUUGUUGCGAAAUAGAGGGAAAAAGUAGGAAAUUGUCCCCUCUGAGCUUGUGAGGGAAAAACAGGAUAAAAUACUACACAUAUAUGUUUAUCCUGGAGUAGACAAACAGGAAGUACCUGCCAAUAGGCAUUAGUCUGUAUCUUAUAAUAAGAAAAUGAAAUGAGCUGAUCCUCUCUGCCUGACAUACUUCAUUAACUCACUGUGGCUGAUUAAAAAAUAAGUCUUCUAUGCAGGCAGAGAGGAAUCGAGGAAGCCUUUUUUGUGGUAGAGCUGACUUUUUUUUUUUUUUUUUUUUAAGAAAUUAGAGCUGGUGGUUUGGGUGGUGAAGCGGGCCUCCAUUUACUCCUCUCGUCUACCAUCGUGCCGCAAUGUACAAGCUGCCUGAAAAACAAGAAAAACACUCCACCUGCAUUUAGAAUCAGUUUUAUUCAAGAUUCAUUUUAAACAGACAAAGUUGCCCAGGUGUGCGGUUACAGAUGAAUUUGUCACAACUGUUUGUUUUGGGGGAAAAAAAUGUUGCUUUGUCUCUUUUAUAUGUAAUAAAACAUUUACUGCACUCUUA